AUGGACGUUAGGGCUGAUAUCGAGGAACAGUUGAGGAGCAAUCCGCAGCAUAUGCUUUUCGGAAACCUUUCCGAUCCUUCUUCACUAGACUCUGAUCUCAAAAGCGUUUUUGAUCAGAUUUUGUCGAAGGCAUUCGAAGGUGUUUCGGCCCGCAAUACUGUCGAUGAGUUACUAAAACAGAUCGACGAGGUAGAGAAUUCCCAAAGACAAUUGGAAGAUGUUGUCUACCAGAAGAUCGAGGCGUCUUUGAGCGAGAACAUCAAACGGGUGCAAAGGGAAUUGGACUGUUUACUACAAAAAGAAAACGGUCAUUCAACAGAAGAAAAUGCAGCAGCAUUCAUAAACGAAAUUAACAAUCCUCGGGCUCUGAUUGAUCACUCUUUGACCAAUAGAGAUCCAAGAUACCACCAAGAUGGAAACAAUCAUGCGCUAGUGCAUAAUGGACUGCAGCCUGCAUCACCGAAAAGCCUGCCUCGCGAAAUAAUAAACUACCGUUUGCCAAGAGGACCCAGGUCGAACAAAAGUCUUACAGUGCGCGAGCUCUAUGAAGUCUGGUAUGUUGGAGACCCCGACAAAGGAAAGCCUUCAGUAUGCGAUAUACUUGAGAGAUAUCCGACUUGGAAAUCCACCGAAACUACCUAUUAUAAUCGACUGAAGCGUGUUGCAAAUUUAAUUGAGGAAGUUUCACGUGACCUAGACGGCGGUCCGAUUGCAGCGCGCAGGCUUGAGGCAGUAAGAACAAUAGAGAUUUUCAUGGAAAAAAACAAAAUUGGAGGAGUCAGUGCAUUGUCUGAUCUUUGUUCGAACCAAAAAGGCGCACCCGGGUUCCAGACGGUCAAGUCAAGGGUGCUAGAAAAUUUCGCAGACUUAUAA